AUGCCACCUAAGAAACCCUCCGGACCCGGAGGAGGCUCUGGUAAACGACGCCCAUCCGCGUACAUCGUCUUCACGACCGAAAACCGAGAGUCGGCGAAAAAAGAACUCAACGAAAAAGGCAACUUAAAACCCGGGAUGGGAGACAUUGCGAAAUUAAUAUCCGGGAGAUGGAAGAAUCUCACCGAGGAGGAGAAGCAAAAGUUUAAAGAAAAGUGCGAGAAAGAAUUCGACGAGAAAGAGGAACGGGAGAGGAACGAGAGAGCGGAUGAGAAGAAAGAUGUCGAGGAUAAAGAUAAGAAGGACGAUGAUGAUGAUGAGGAUGAGGAGGACUUGCCAAAAGAAGACGGGAUGACGGAGGCGGAAAGAUUGGUGCAACAAACGCAGAUGCAAUCGAUGAUGAAUCAAGACAAGGAUGGGAACUCGUUGAGUUUGCCACUUUCGCGGGUGAAAAGAAUUAUGAAAUUGGACAAAUCGGUGAAAGUUGCCUCCGGGGACGCGACGAAGUUAAUCACCAAAGCCACGGAGUUAUUUUGCGAGAUGCUGACGCAAAGCGCGUUAGGGAGCAUGAAACUCGGGAAACGGAAAACGAUUAAAUAUUUGGACGUGGAACGCGCGGUGUUGAAGAAGCAAAAGUUUGAUUUUUUGCACGACCACGUAAGCGCGAUGAAACCGAAAGAAGGAGAGCCGAAAAAGAUGACGGAGAAAGACGUGGAGGUGGCGGACGAGGACGGAGAGAAUAAGAAAGAGGUGGAAACGCACGGGAGUAAGAAGAUUUCGGACUUUUUUUCCAAGAAGACUGAAGAAAAGGAAAACGAAGAAGUCGCCUAG